GGUUGGUAAUUGGGAGACGCUCCCUUGGCUCACCAAACGGCCGUUGAUGGGAUGCUGGAGGACCGAGGGAGGCGAUAACGCUGGUAACAACAUAAGAGACUGUAGCUGCUGCAAGGAAAGGAGGCGUAAACGACGUUCAAUAUGACAACCGAAAGCUAUGGAGAAUAAUUUGAAAAUCUUUCUAACGUAAUUCUUUUUUUUUUUCUCCCUGUGGUCCGUGUGGACGGUUUAAUCGGCGACGUCGAUGAGGGACUGCAGCUUGAGGCAGAUGAUCAGCCCGACGUUAGCUUAGCAUAGCUAACUAGACACAGUCUUCCUCAGAAAAGCCGCAGCGUUCAGGGCAGGUCGGAGGAUUUUUUGUUCUUGACGAGGUUUUCUGUGCAAGCUGUGUACGCCUAUGAUUUGAUAAGCGGUCGGGCAGUUGGGACGCGACUGUUUCACUCGUUACAUCUACGUAGCUAGAGGCAGCUAGGAUAUUAAGUCCGAGGAGAGGUUAGAGAAACUGUCGCGGCGGGCCUGUGUCACAGAAACCGAUUAUUCGAUUAUUGAUCGAUAUUUGCGUCGAUGUCGCCUUCGAUUCCGUGCCCAAAGUAAGCGGGAUUUUUAUCUAAUCUAGCUGUACGUUUUGCUCAAGCUGUUGUCGCUUAAUGUGCAUGUUAAACUGUGUCGCCGAUAUUCGAAACCAGUGAGUUCAGCUUUAUUUUCAUUAAAUGGCGUUGGGUAAGAUUUGAAUAUUCUCUGCUUAUAUGUAUACAUUCCGGUAAUAUCGUAGUCAUUUCAGUGAAAUACGUCCACCAGCGCAUAUUGUGGGGGAACAACACUAACCUCCCAGCUAAUGUUAGCUAGGCUAGCUAACCCGUCGCCCUCCAAACCAGUCUUGCAGCUGAGAAACGUCUGGAGCACGAUCGAAGAUCAUGGACCGGAAUGGGAAAACGAUUCCCACGACCAAAAUGAUGCGGAGACUCUAACAGACAAGGCGUUCUUUCUGCCCAGGAGCUAAACCCGCUUUGGCAGCUGGGCGCAUGUAGCCUGUGACGAGAUACACGUGGCCUACACGAGACAACCUUGACGUUUGUCCCUCCGUACUCCACUUUAUUAUUGAAACAUGACAACUCCAGCUCUCUUGCCGCUCUCCGGACGCAGGAUACCCACUCUGUCUCCGGGCGCCUCGUCGUUUCCGCACCACAGAGCGACGCUGCGACUCUCGGAGAAGUUCAUCCUCCUCCUCAUCCUCAGUGCCUUCAUCACCCUGUGCUUUGGCGCGUUCUUCUUUCUCCCGGACAGCUCCAAGCACAAGCGCUUCGACUUGGGCCUGGAGGAUGUGUUGAUACCGCACAUCGAGUCGGGGAAGGAGGGGCGCCAUGGAGGAGAGCAGGUCAUACACGGGCAGUCAGGACAUGACAAGCACCGGCACAGAGAGGAGGAGGAGAGCCUCCGGGACAAGAUCCGCGCGGACCACGAGCGCGCGCUCCAGGAGGCCAAGCAGAAGCUGCGCAAGUCCAAGAAGGCGCUAUUGCACGAGAUCCAGACGGAGAAGGCCCGUGUGGCGCAGGAGCUGAAGAAGAAGGACGUACCCCGGUCGUUGCCCCCUGUACCCAUGCCCAAGCUGGUGGGUGUCAACGACGGUGACCCCGGCGAGCCCGAUGUCAAAGAGAAGCGGGACAAGAUCAGAGAGAUGAUGAAGCACGCGUGGGACAGCUACAGGCAGUACGGGUGGGGUCACAACGAGCUCAAGCCCAUUGCCAAGAAAGGACAUUCCACCAACAUCUUCGGUAAUUCCCAAAUGGGGGCUACGAUCGUAGACGCCCUAGACACUCUCUACAUAAUGGGACUACAUGACGAGUUCAAAGAUGGCCAGGAGUGGAUCGAACAGAACCUGGACUUCAGCGUGAACGCGGAAGUGUCCGUCUUCGAGGUCAAUAUCCGCUUCAUUGGAGGGCUGCUGGCUGCGUAUUACCUCUCUGGACAGGAAGUUUUUAAGGCGAAGGCUGUGCAGCUGGCUGAGAAACUUCUCCCAGCAUUCAACACUCCAACAGGAAUCCCGUGGGCCAUGGUCAACCUCAAGAGCGGCGUGGGCCGUAACUGGGGCUGGGCUUCGGCCGGGAGCAGCAUCCUUGCUGAGUUCGGAACGCUGCACAUGGAGUUUGUGCACCUGACGUACCUGACGGGGAACCCCGCCUACUACCAGAAGGUGAUGCACAUUCGUAAACUCUUGGCUAAGAUGGACCGACCCAACGGGCUCUACCCAAACUACCUGAACCCUCGCACGGGCCGCUGGGGCCAGCAUCACACGUCCGUGGGGGGCCUGGGUGACAGCUUCUACGAGUACCUGCUGAAGGCCUGGCUCAUGUCAGACAGGACCGACGCCGAGGCCCGCAAGACCUACGAUGACGCCAUUGAAGCGAUCGAGCGCCAUCUGAUCCGCAAGUCCAACGGUGGCCUCACCUUUAUAGGCGAGUGGAAGAACGGUCACCUGGAGCGCAAGAUGGGUCACCUGACCUGCUUCGCCGGGGGCAUGUUCGCCCUGGGGGCCGACGGGUCGCCCGGCGACAAGGCUGGCCACUACCUCCAGCUGGGGGCGGAGAUCGCACACACCUGUCACGAGAGCUACGACCGCACAGUCCUGAAGCUGGGUCCGGAGGCCUUUAAGUUCGACAGCGGGCUGGAAGCAGUGGCUGUAAGGCAGAAUGAGAAGUACUACAUCCUACGUCCUGAGGUCAUCGAGACUUACUGGUACAUGUGGAGGUUCACCCAUGACCCCAAGUACAGGCAGUGGGGGUGGGAGGCAGCUCAGGCUAUAGAUAAGUACUGUCGAGUCGGUGGCGGUUUCUCUGGGGUGAAGGACGUCUACUCUUCCAACCCCACCUACGACGAUGUCCAGCAGAGCUUCUUCCUGGCUGAGACCCUGAAGUAUCUCUACCUGCUGUUCUCCAGUGAUGAGCUGCUCCCUCUGGAGAGCUGGGUGUUCAACACAGAGGCUCACCCCCUGCCCGUCCUGCGCCUGGCCAACGCUACCAUGCCUGGCAGCCAGGCCAAGCGAUAGAGGAGCGCCCCACCUCCACCGGGGGGCGCUCAUAUCCUCUCUGCCCCCUCUCUCUGAAGCCUCCUCUCCCGCUGAAAGACUGCAGGCGUGUGCGGAGAUGAGGGCGGGGCCCCAGCAUUUUGCCGCCGCAGGCCCCCCCCCACCAUCCCGCCGUUCGGAGCGGACCGGCACAAACUAUCGCUCUCUGGUUAUUCAUCUGGAUCUCUCUCUCUCUCUCUCUCUCUCUCUCUCUCUCUCUCUCUCUCUCUCUCUCUCUCUCUCUCUCUCUCUCUCUCUCUCUCUCUCUCUCUCUCUCUCUCUCACAUACGUUCUCCACCUGGGCAGCCGAGCGGCGACGUGUGGCUCUGCCAGUGGCACACAGGCAGAAUCUGUGGGAGCAGCCCAGCGAACGAACAGGCAGUCAGGCUGUGAGCCGGCCGACGGGCACCCGAGUUUCCUCUGUGCCGGUGGAGAAGGAUUUUACCGUUGAAUCCUCUCUUCUGUUUGUUUUGCUUUUUUUAUUAGUGUUUUCAUUUUUGGACGGCUCUCGGGGUGUCCGCUCGUUGCUUUCUUGCUCCAGCAGGACGGGGGCUCUCUCCAGCCAGACGUCUCAUCAGCGUUCUCGCGCUGUAAACUGGACCUGCGCGUGCAGAUGGCGGGCACGACCCCUGGAGUCUCGCUGCGAUCUGUGUGGCUUCUCUCGUACUCAAACCAUGCGUGCACGCUCACGCUCUCCACACUUGUUCCUGCACUCUUAGGUCGUCAUGGUUACCUGAUGGAUGUUUAUGUGGACGGAUUUGUGUAGGUUUGCUGCUACAGGUCAGGUGCUGCUUGUUAGACUGUCAGUACACGUGUUUCACAACAUCAUUCCAAAAAAAAAAAAAACCCACAACCACCCUUCAUUCCGGACCUUUCACCCUCACACAUGCUUUUGUUUGUCUUUUUAUCUCACUGGCCAUCCCCGUAAACCAAGCGAGCAUGCGCCCCAUUCCGAGCCAGCCUAUUGGCUCCUUUGAGAUGAGCCGCUCCCAGCUCACGAGUCUGCACUCUGACACCCAGCUCGUGCCCGGGCGUGGCCUCACGAGGGUGCCGGCGGGUCGGUCAGGAUUGCUGUAAUGGAGUAGGCUGACGGGGCCCGGUAACGUUCAUCUUGCCAUUGUUCCGCUGUUUCUUCUUACCAGCUGAUUCACCACCACACGCAGCCGUUAUAACGCACAAUGAAGAUGGUCAUGUUAAAACUCCACUCCGAGACCCUGGGAUAAACUCAUUCGCAGAGAGAGCAAGUUCGCUUGACCGUGGCCAAAACAAACACAUUGCCAUUUUGGACAGUUUUUCUUUGUGUGUGUGUGUGUGUGUGUGUGUGUGUGUGUGUGUGUGUGUGUGUGUGUGUGUGUGUGUGUGUGUGUGUGUGUGUGUGUGUGUGUGUGUGUGUGUGCGCCAUUGUUGAGUGAGGAGCAAGCUGAUCUGGAAGAACGUCUGACUUGCCUGACUGGCAGCUCUAAAGUAAAUGUCACCCCACUGAACCGCCAGAACAGGGGCCUGGUCUCAGAACACGCAGCCAAGCACCGUUCUCAGAUUGCCGUGUCUGAGCGCUGUGUUUGGGGAAGAACCUAGAGAGAGACGCUAGUUUGUCAUCUGGCGACAGUGAAGGAUGUCACUAAAGCAUUAUGUGAUAGGGAUGUCAACCUAAAGGAAGUACUUUUUUACUUUGUAUUUUGUAUUUUAGGUUUGUUUUUUUUAAUAUUUAUUUAUUUUUUUAAGGUCUUCCCUGAAUUUAACCUCUCCUUUCCGUUCAUGGACCCAUACUGGUUUACCAGGAGUUGUCAUGCCUUUUUUCACCUACAGGUGGCAGUAGCAGCAGCCUGCUGAUGAGCUGGAUCCCCACAUCCCAACCCCAGCUGUCAUCUCUUCAAUAUCACUUCUUCUUGUUGUUGGAGAAGCCCACGGCAACAGCAUGACUGCUGUUGUUGCUGGGCGUAUUUUGAGAAGCUGUGUUCUGUAUUUGUAUUUUUACUGAGCAAAAAGAAUACCUGUAAAUAUGUUUAAAACAUGACAGAUUCAAUAAAGAUGUUAUGAGGAAAAGUGAACUGAAUAACACCAAAUAAACGUGUCUUAUGUCUCA